AACAUUUCAAGCCACGCCCACAAAACAGGGUCUCGGUACCUCUUAGGGGUUCUUUUUAAAAUUUUCGACGAGCAGCAUACAUCAUGCAUUUUUCCCCUCCCUAUGCGCCUCAUUUUUCGCACUCGUUCAUAGUUUCGUUCUGGCUUCGCCCCCCUUCGCGUACUUGUUGGAAAUGAACAGAAUUAAUGAAAACAAGUUAAGUUACGGUAUGUUGGGGAGAGUUAGAGGUUAUCCACUGCUUGCAAAAUUCAAACUUAAAACCUAAGGAAUACAGUCUUUAUUUAAACAUGUUAUUUCAAACGAAGGAAAGAUCUUUGCCACUUCCCUGGGAAAAAGUGAAGUUCUCGGCGCCAUUUUGAUUUUACAAAUAUGUCGUCGUAUAUUCAGCAUGAAUAUUCUCUUUAUUAUAACACCGCUGUACAAGACUAAACCUUCGUUUCAAGAUGGCGGUGGCAAAGAGAACUGUGGAGUUGUUUUAUGAUGUUCUUUCGCCUUAUUCGUGGGUUGCUUUUGAGGUUCUCUGUCGAUAUCAAACUAAAUGGAAUUUAGACUUGCAGUUUCGUCCUUUUUUCCUGUCUGGUAUUAUGGCUGGCUCAGGUAAUAAGCCCCCAGGAACAGUCCCAGCCAAAGCUGCGUACAUGUCUAAGGAUAUUGAGAGAUUGCGGGAUUUUUAUGGAAUCCCUCUGGUUCCACCAGCUGAUCCUGCUGAUGUAAUGUUUAGGAAAGGUUCCUUAUCUGCCAUGCGUCUUGUCACAGCGGCUACCAAGUACUAUCCAGACAAAGUUGAGCCUCUUAGCCGUGAAUUUUGGAUGAGAAUCUGGUCAAGGGAUGAAGACAUUACAGAACCACAGAGUCUCCUUGAGGUGUGCCAAAACAUUGGAUUAACUGAACACCAGACCCAGUCCCUUGUGAGUAAAAUUGGUGACCAGGAAAUCAAAGAUAAACUCAAAGAAACAACACAGAAAGCUCUUGAUAUGGGGGCUUUUGGUGCUCCAAUCAUUGUUGCACACGUUAAUGGCAAACCUCACAUGUAUUUUGGAUCGGACAGAUUCCUUUUGUUAGCUAAUUUACUGGGAGUAGAAUGGGAAGGACCUCUGGUGCCUCGGAAUUCAAAUCUCUAAAGUAACAACAAUUUUGUACUACGGUAUACUUUGGGACGACAACUGUGUUUUGUGUUUGAAACAGGGAAAUGGAGAUUCGAUCCUUGUUAAAAAAGAGACCAACAACAACAACAGCAGCAGCAGCAGCAGCAGCGAUUCUGUUGGCAAACAACUAUUACUAAUAUUUCUGUUACGAUUUAUUGUGAUUUGCCCAAGGGAAACGUUUCUUCUCUCUCAGUGAAACACAUUGUAUUGUUUACUCAAUUCAGGACACCACCUUGUCACAACCAAACUUUGGCGUCAACCUCGUUCCCAGGGUCUUUUCUCUUCCUCCCUCGGUUGGCUUUCUCAGCCAAUCAAAGAGCGAUCUACUGCACGUGCAAAACGGAUACCUCGACGUGAGGUGAGAUGACGCAGGGCGCAGAUCUUUUCCCUCCUUGAAUGACGUCUCCACGUCCUCGAGUCUAGCUUGGGUUUUGAUUGACAAAUUAGUGUAGAAAAGUAGCAUAAAUACUGGCAUAAAGAAUUCUGUUGAUAGGCCUUUCCAAGAAAACACAUAAAAUCGUCCAAAUAUCUUUCCGGAUCUCAGAAAAGUUUCCAAAUAUCACAAAAAAAUUUUAAAUAUCUCGAAAAACCCUUUAAAUAUCCUAUAUUUUUGUUUAAAAAUGAAGUGAUUUUGAAUCACUAUAAAGGCAAAAAUGUUCAAAAUGUUUUGCAGUAGUAAGAGGAAUCGAGGAGAUUCAGGCGCCUCGAUGUUACCAGCAUCUGCCAUUUUGGAAAAUUGUAACUUUAGCACUUGCAGUGAUACGAAAUUAUUGGAAUACAUUUUUCAGGCGGGAAAUCGCUGAACUGGGUUAUUUCUGAUAUAGAACCGAGUAUUAUCUCAAGAAAAUAGCGAGGAAAACACAGGGCUUGGCCAAAAAAGCUAUGAAUAUUUCCAAUUAUCCCUAGAUUCUCUGAAUAUCUUAA